AUGUUGUUUCAAGUAAUAUUUGCAUUGUUUUUGGUUUCAUUGUACAAUAGCGGUGUUUCUUCUUUUGAUCCCUCGUCUUCUUUAAGUCAUAGAAAGCAGUUACAUGUAGUAGGAGAAGAAGUAGCGUCUCUUUUGAAAUGGAAAUCAACCCUUGGUAACCGAUCUCGCUCAUUCCUCCGUUCUUGGAAGAAAAGUUCAACAAGUCCUUGCAAGUGGUACGGAAUUACUUGUCACAACAACGGAAGUGUUAAGGAAAUAAAUUUAGCUAGUUCAAAUUUACAUGGUACACUCCAUAGUUUCAACUUCUCAUCUUUACCCAGCUGCGUUAGUCUUGACUUGAGUGACAACAAGCUCUUCGGAGUCAUUCCCUCUCAAGUUGGUAAGCUUUCAAGACUCACCUACCUUGAUCUUUCUAUUAAUAAAUUUUCUGGACAUCUUCCAUUAGAAAUAGGAUUCCUUACAAGCAUAAGUAAGUUAGACAUUUCUGAAAAUCAAAUUAGCGGUCCAAUUCCUGCUUCAAUAUCUAAUCUGAGCAACUUACACACUUUGUACCUUUCUGAAAAUAAACUUUCUGGUACUAUACCUCAAGAUAUCGCAAAGUUGAGAUCACUUAUUGAGUUUUCAUUGUCGGAAAACAAGCUCACCGGUCCAAUCCCUACAUCUUUAUGUAAUAUGAGCAACCUAAACACCCUGCAUCUUUUUGGAAAUCAACUUUCUGGCACCAUUCCUAAAGAAAUUGGGAAUCUAAGGUCUCUUAUCGAUUUGGAAUUGUCUCGAAACAAUCUCGUCGGUUGGAUCCCUACUUCUAUAUGUAACCUUCGGAACCUAGACAUUCUAUAUCUUCAUGCAAAUAAAUUAUCCAGUUCAAUUCCUCAAGAAAUCGGAAAGCUAAGGUCUCUUAUAAACUUGCAUUUGGGCACAAACAAUCUCAAUGGUCCAAUCCCUACUUCUAUUGGUAACCUUAGGAACCUUAGUGCUUUAUACCUAUAUGAAAACAAACUGUCCGGUUACAUUCCUCAAGAAAUUGGAAAGCUAAGAUCUCUUGUUAACAUAGAUUUAUCCGCAAACAAUCUCAAUGGUCCUAUUCCUAUUUCUUUAAGUAAUUUGAGCAACUUAAAAUUUCUAGUCCUUUAUGAAAAUCAACUUUCUGGUCCAAUUCCUCAAGAAAUCGGAAGGCUAAGAUCACUUACUGAAUUACAACUGUCCAUCAACAAUUUAACAGGUUCAAUUCCUAAUUCUUUGUGUAAUAUAAGCAACCUAAAUACCUUGUACCUUCAUGAAAAUAAACUUUCUGGUCCAAUUCCUAAAGAGAUCGGAAAACUAAGUUCUCUUAUUGACAUUCAAUCAUCGACAAACUAUCUUAGUGAUCCAAUCCCUUCUUCUUUAUGCAAUCUUACUAACCUACACAAACUAUACCUUCGACAUAAUCAACUUUCUGGUACUAUUCCUAAAGAUAUCGGAAAGCUAACGUCUCUUGUUUCCAUUAGAUUGUCCACAAAUAAUCUCAUUGGUCCAAUCCCUGCUUUUUUAUGUAAUCUGACUACUGGAAGGUUACCAACCUUGCAGUAUAUGGACAUAUCAAAUAAUAAGCUUACCGGACCAAUACCUGAACAGCUUGGAGAAUGUUCAAAUCUACUCUCCUUGGAUUUGAGUAGAAAUAGUUUGAACGAAAGCAUCCCACUCACAAUGGGAAACUUGAUCUCAUUACAGAUCAAACUGGAUCUUAGUCAAAAUGAGUUGACUGGAGAAAUACCAUCAGACUUCGGAAAACUAAACAAACUGAUUAAAUUAAAUUUGUCCCACAACAAGCUUUCUGGUUCAAUUCCUUCUUCUUUUGAUGAAAUGCUUAGCUUAACGACUGUCGAUAUUUCGUACAAUCAGUUGAGUGGUCCUAUUCCAAACAUCAAGGCCUUUAAGGAUGCUCCCUUCAAUGCAUUGAAGAACAACAGUGAUUUAUGUGGUAAUCACUCUGGAGGUUUUAAACCAUGUUAUUCCUCGAUUGUAAUUGGAAUAAAAAAGGCGAAACCAAGACUUGCGGUGAUAAUUCUAGUUCCUCUGUUUGGUUCGCUGUUUCUUCUGUUCACAUUCCUUGCUAUCUUUUUUUUUCUGCGAAAAAGACUAGGAAGAAAACUCGCGCAGACAGAUCAACCCACAGCUACAAACCCAAGAAGAAACAUAUUCGCGGUACAAGAUUAUGAUGGGAAACUUGUCUUUGAAGAAAUAAUUGAAGCAACGGAAAAUUUUAAUAACAAAUACUGCAUUGGGGCUGGAGGUUAUGGAAGUGUCUACAAGGCAGAGCUGUCGACAGGUCAGGUUGUAGCAGUCAAAAAGCUUCAUUCGUCAGAUGAAGAUUCUGAAAUAGUUGAUAUCAAAUCUUUUGAAAGCGAAGUUCAAGCAUUGACUGAAAUCCGGCAUAAGAACAUUAGAGGGGGAGUCUGA